AUGGGCAAGAAACGAGUGCUAGUAGGCUAUGGUGUCGACGUGGACGCUGUGUCGGGCUGGAUCAACACUCAAGACGGCAGUCCACAAAAUGGCACCAAUGUCUCUAGAGGCAUCUUCGGAGCUACAGUAGGAAUCGACAGGUUACUCAAGUUGUUCGACAAGCACAACAUUAAAGCUACCUUUUUCACACCAGCUCACACGAUCGAAUCGUUCCCAAAACAAAUGACCAAAGUCAAAGAUGCCGGGCAUGAAAUCGGUCUCCAUGGCUACACCCACGAACACAUCUCCAAACUCUCCCUCACCCAACAAACUGCCGUCCUCAAAAGAUCCAUCGACGUCCUCACCUCCUUUACCGGAACCCCACCAAGAGGCUACACAGCACCUGCCUGGGACACCAGCAAAGAGCUGGUCCCUCUCCUCGAACAACACAACAUCAUCUACGAUCACAGCUUCAUGCAUCACGAUUUGCAACCAUACUUUGCGCCUGAUGCAAGUCAUUCAUGGGUAGAAACUAAUAUGAAGAAGGAAGCGGAGACAUGGAUGAAGCCAAUGACAAAGCUGAGACCGAGUAAAGUGGUGGAGAUACCGGCGAAUUGGCAUGUGGACGAUUGGCCACCUUUGCAGCCUCAGCCGGGAAGGGCUGGCACGCAUGGAUUUGUGAGUACACACGAGCUAGAGAAACUAUGGCUCGAGCAAUUUGAUUUUGCAUAUGAAGAGUACGAUAGCUUCAUCUUCCCGAUGUCGAUUCAUCCACAAGUCAGUGGGAAGCCACAUGUCAUCAAGAUGCAUGAGCGCAUCAUUGACUACAUCAAUAAACACGAUGGAGUCGAGUGGAUGCCGUUUGAAGACAUGGCCAAAGAGUUUCUUGAAGGCCGAAUUCAAGGAGUCGAGAUUGAAGGAGGGGCAGAAUGA